AUCCAAAAACUGGUUUUGGGAAACAAAACCAUGGUUUUAAUUCCGUUUAUUACUCUAGGUCUAGAUUUAAUUGGCUAGAAUAUAGUAUUUAACAUGAUGCUAUUUACUGUUUUUGCUGUCGCAAUUUAAGCGUAUCAAGUGAUAAUAAUGAUUCUACAUUUACGAGUAUUGGAUUCAACAACUGGGAAAAAUUAUCCGGGUCAAGAGGAAAAAAAGGAAAUAAACAGAGUAAACUGCAUGGACAUUCGACUAGUAAACAGCAUUUAACUUGCAUGGCCAAAUGGGAAGCUUUUAUACUUCAAUCAUAAUAACAGGAAGUGUCCACUCUCAAGUAGCAUUGAGCCACAAGCUUCUUGUAGAAAAAAAUGUCCAAUAUAUUAAAACUCUUGUUGAUAUAACAUUUUUGAGCUGCCAGGGAUUAUCCUUUAGAAGACAUGAAGAAUCAAGGCUUUCACUAAAUCAAGGAAAUUUUAAAGAAAUUUGCAGUUUGAUUUCAAAACACUCCAGAAUUUACAGAAAAGUUUCAAAAUACUACCAAUUACACUAGUCAUGCUAUGCAAGAUGAGUUGGCUAAUUUAUGUACUGAGAACAUAGGACAUAAAAUUACAAAAGAAAUUGAAGACAUUAAAGUUUUUGGUAUAAUUUGUGAUGAAGCUAGGUGUUUUAAGCAAGAACAAUUGUCUUUAUAUGUAAGGUAUACUGUUGGCCUUAAUAUCGUAGAACGAUUUCUAGAAUUUAUUGACGUUUCUGAUAAACAAGAUGCUGAAUCCCUAAAUGCCCAUAUAUUUGCUUAUCUUACUAAAAAUAACAUGGACAUGUUUCAUGUUGUGGCACAAUCCUACGAUGGAGCAAAUGUAAUGUCUGUAAAGUUCAAUGGUGUUCAGGCUAAAAUUAAAAAUAAAUUUCCAUAUGCCAUUUAUACCCAUUAUAUGGUCCAUCGUAUAAAUCUUGUAGUAAUUGAUAUGUGCAAAUAUGUUAAGGAGACGGACUGUUUUUAAUACUAUUGAAGGGUUGUAUAUCCAUUUUUCUCAUCCAACUAUUAUAUACAUUUAUAAUAUACAUUAUCAUGCAAAAACAGUUGGGAAUAAAAAGUAUUCAUAUUGGUUGCUUAAGUGAUGCUAGAGUGAACUGUCGGUUUAAGAACACAAUUAUAAAGCUAUUAUUAACGUUUUACAGGAAGAAACAGAUAAUCAUACUGAUAGAAAUGCAAAUGAAGCUUUAGGUAUACUUACAAAUAUGUCAACAAGCUCAUUUGUUGUUAAUUUGUUUAUUUAAAAAAAUAUAUUGUCUAGAAUAAAUAUUCUUUGCAACAUGUUUUAAGAAAAUAAUGCAACACUAGGCAAAGCAGCAAUUCUUAUAAAGAGUAUUUUACAAACUUUUGAAAAUGGUAGAUCUACUCUUGCUUUUAAUAAUUUAUGGUUAGAAAUCCAAGACUUUGCUAAAGACUACAAUAUUAAUUUUGAUAUACCAUUUCAAACACAAAG